UGGUACGGCUAUGAUAAUGGUGUACGUAUCGAAUGGAAUAUGUCCGAUCGAGAAGUGAUAUCGAUGAAUCAAGUGGAUUAAUACAAAGAAGUGCUGUUAACGCGUAUGUAAUUGUUGAAGUAUGAAAUAUUUUAUUAAAACUAUCUUUAUUCUAAUUAAAGAAAGACGUACUGAAUGAAGCGUCGUAUGACGUUAUUGCUAAGGCGUCACUGUUGGAUAUCGUUCGUUAAUGCAGCUUUUGUAAAAUUACACGAAAGUAUCGGUAUUUAUGAAAAAUAAAGUGUAAUAUGAAAAUAAAUGUAAAAAAAGAAAAGAAAGAAAAGAAAAAUAUGGCCUGUCUCCGUUCUUCAAGUAUCGAAUGUUAUCGAUCAUCUAUAGGUGUGAAUAAUUGCAGUAUUGUACCGAGUCGAUAAUUUCAUUAAAAACAAUUUCUUUGAAAAAUGUCACACUACGAGUCUCCCAUGGGAUAAUUGAAUUUAAUCCGAACAUUUCAAGAAUUAGAGAUGAUUGGCAGGCGUUGUGUUCUACUUGCCCUUGGCAUCCUUUUGAUCCUUGUGAUUACUGUAAACAUUUAUUUUAUUCGCAUAAUCGUAGAGAAUUCUUCACAAAAGUCACAGUUCAAAAAUUUACCUUUAGUCGAGGAAAAUUAUCUUCCAGGGUCGUCUUUACGCAAGAAUGAAAAUAGGAGAAAUUUUCAAAAGUCCGUCGGUGAAGAUAUCAAUGAAAAAAUUAAAGAAGAGACACGAAUAUUACCUUCAAAAUAUUUUAAACAAAAUACGAGUUACUUGAUCGUACUCGAACGGUUAUUGUCCGAAUUGAAGAUUAUGGACAACGCGCAUGAAGAUAUAUGGAGUAUUCCUAGUAACAAUUGGCCUGAUGCUCACCAGUUAAUACCGCCAUCGGCUCCGGAAUUAGGGACUAUACUCAAUGCUUUGAGGAAAGCAAAAGUAAAACAUGCCGACAACGCUGUCCUUGGUACACAAUUGAAACUUAUGCUGACACUGGAGAAUGGUGCAAAGGCUGUAUUUAAACCGCAAUGGUAUUCUAGAGAUACAGUUAUUCGUGGACCCGUUUAUUACGGAAAAGAUCGUCAUAAUGCAGAAAUCGUAGCAUUUCAUUUAUCCUCGUUACUUGCUUUACGAAGAGUACCCCUUGCUGUUAUUCGAAAACUUGAUCUUAACAAUGAGAUUCGUAAGCAUGCAACACCAGAAUUAUAUACUACUAUGUAUCAGGAGGGUAAUGAUACGUGUUUGUACGGUGUUUGUCAUUACUGUUCUUCGAACGAUCCAGUUUGUGGAACAGGCGAUAUCUUGGAAGGUGCAUUGAUAUUUUGGUUACCGCGUUACUUGCAUCUCGUAAAACAUCGACAUCCAUGGCAGAGGACAUACAAGAAAAAAAAACUUGCACCUUGGGAAAUGGAUGAUAAUUAUUGCAAGAAGGUCAAAGAGUCUAAAGCAUACUCGCCACAAUUUUCAAGUAGGCUAUUGGAUUUGGUAGAUACAGCAGUUUUUGACUUUUUGAUGGAUAACGGUGAUCGGCAUCAUUAUGAAUUAGCGCAAAAUAAUUUUCACAAUCCUGCUGUAUUAUUGAUAGACAAUGGGAAGAGUCUUGGUAAUCCGGACGUUGAUCAUCUUGACAUUUUAGCGCCACUUUAUCAAUGUUGCAUAAUACAUAAAACUACAUGGGAUCGUUUAAAAAUGUUCAGUGGUGGUACACUGAGCUUGUCAUUGGAAAAGCUUAUUGCUCGCGAGACGAUAAUGGCCGAUGUUCUACCGCUUAUUUCAGAUGCACAUCUCAGCGCUAUGGAUAGAAGGCUUCUUACCAUUUACGCUGUCGUUGAAUACUGUGUAAAGAAAAAGAGAUACGUUUCUAAUGUAAUUCUAGAUCAUCGGUAGUAUGAAGUAAGAAAUAAGAUAUUUUAUAGAUCGAUUAUCCGGUUAAUUACCGAUGAUACUAGAAUUUGAUUUGAAAUAGUAGAAGAAUUUUGCAGCAGCUAUGUGUAAAUAAUAAAUUUGAUAGAUAUGUGAACACAGUCGCGCACACAGCCACACACACACGAUAUGUAUGUAUGUUGUAUUUUUUUUAUAUGUUACAUCUUAUAUAACGACAUUUAAUAUAUUUGAAUCGACGAUGAAACAAUUGUUUUGGAUGACGACGUAACGUGUAAGACGUAAAAUGAUUUAAUGCUAGAGAUCGUUAGAGUUUAAUGUGGUUUAUUUUAUGUCACAAUAAUUACCAUUAUUUGGAUAAAUUUUGAAUGUAGCGCCGUACAGCGUAUAAAUACGGUACAAACGUAAAAAACCUGUUAAUACGAUUGUAUAAUCGUUAACAUACUUUAAAGUUCGUGUCACAGAUUGGGAUCUGAGAAUACUCUCAGUUCGAUAACAUGUACAAUAUGUAUAGCGAAUGUAGCUCGUGGUACUCGUCGGGAUUUGCAGUAAAGAGAAACUUGUGGGAGCGAAACAAGCUACAAGUCAGCGUAAUGUCGCAGCAUUCGACUACUUUCCUUUCUGUUACCACAAGACUUCUCGCAAGCUUAUGAUACCAAACUUUGAGUCAAGUUUCCACGUUAGCUCCUUCCUCCUCAACGUCUUCGCACAAUAACCCUUAUAUACUUUAUUUACAACAUUACAUGACCAGAAUUACUCACAUAUCUUAUCGAAUAAUUAUUCAGUUUUUGUUCAUAAUACAUAUCUAGCGCCGUCAUUCGCGUAUGUUCGUGUAUAUGUAUAUGUCAGGCGCAUGCGUAUUACGUGUGUGUGUGGUACGUGUACGUAUGCGUAUAUCCGAGACGUACGUGUGUAUAUUAUAUAUAAUAACAUUUUUGUUCUUUUAUAAUUAAAUAGAGCUUUCGUAGCAAAGUAUGUAUAAAUAGACUAUCCUCGCGCGCACGAUUAUCUCGAAUUGCUUCGCGUUCUCGAGUGCGAAACAAAUACAUAUAUGCUGCAUCGAACCAUCCGUCCAUGAGAUCCGUCUAAGAAAACAUAGAUUAUAGAUUACCUGAAAAUAUUGGACGAGUGGAAUAGCGGCUUUGCCAUUCCUACAUCUUCGCUUAGUCCAUAUUUCUACGUUCUAUGAUAAUACUGUAUACCAGCAAAACUUUUGAGUAUAUCACUUUUUUUUCUUUAUAGGCUGUAUUUGCAUGACUCUCGUAUAACAAUUCGAUCGUAGAAAUGCAUUCAUUCGAAACAAAUUCGUAUUUCGGUAACGGCAGCGUUGAUUAUUGCAUGGAGACGUACGAUUUAUCUCCGCGUCACCUCUAUUCCUCGGAAAAAAGGCGGAAUCAUCCCUUACAUAGUUGUCGUUUACUUAUUUAAUUAAAUAUCACACCAAAGUGCUCGAUGCACGUAGAACUUGGAUAUAGGCCAACCACAGGUAAUAAAGAUGUUUUUAAAUGUAUAUGAGACAUCACUUUGCAUGCGAUUUAAAUUUAGUUACUUGGAGGGAUGAAAGAAGACACAAAGGAAAGAAAGAGAAAUUGAAAAAAGAAAAAGGAAAAAGAGAAAAAAAAAGAGGAAA